AUGGCCGAUAACAAGCUUCAUCCAGCCGUCAUCAUCUCCAACAUAAAAACCUUCAUCCCGGUAACCCUCGAUCACGAGACCGCCGAUUAUAACACCUGGUCGGAACUUUUUCGCCUCCACUGUACGGCGUAUCUAGUCUCCGACCACCUCGCCCCUCGCCCACCACCCGCUGCUCCCUCCUCCUCAUCCGACAAGGACAAACAACCAGAAACCACCCCUUCUCCUGCCGACUCGUGGGAAUGCCUCGAUGCCAUAGUCCUUCAAUGGAUAUAUGGCACCAUCUCCACGAGCCUACUCAAAACGGUCAUCAAAACCAAAACCACCGCCUAUGACGCCUGGAAAGCCAUCGAAUCCCUUUUCCAAGACAACAAGGCUACUCAUGCCUUCUACCUCAAACAGAAAUUCGCCACCGUCCGUCUAGAGAAUUUUCUAACAUGA